AUGAGCGCAACAACCCCCAAAGAUCCCUAUCGUGGCCCACGCCAUGAUGGCGAAUACGACCGCCUUCUCACCCAGCAUGAACUCAUCAAAACUGCGAUGCACGGCAAGCUCUUAUACUCCCCAGUUGACUUGACAACCCCAGGACUCCGCGUUCUGGAUUCCGCAACAGCAAAAGGUACUUGGCCAAUUGACCUAGCGGGGUCUAUGUCCCCAAAAGCCACUCUCAUCGGCACCGACGUUGCGCCUCAGCAUUUUAUCCCCGAAGAUCAGCGACCCAAAAAUGUGCAGCUGAGAACGCAUUCUAUCUUUGAUACUUGGCCGACAGAAUUCAAAAAAAGUUUUGAUGUUGUACACCAAAGAUUUGUCCUCACCGUCUGCUCCGACGAGGCCGGCCAAGAUGCCGUGAGGAAGCUUUUCGCUUGCGUUAGACCGGGUGGCUGGAUAGAGCUGCAUGAGGGAAACAUGCUCCAAAUCAAGGAGGGACCUGAGCAUGUGGCUUUCAUGCGCUUCCGAGACAUCAUGGUGAAGGCAUGGGCAGCUAUCGGAAACCAGCCGAGCCCUGGUAUUUACCUGGUGCCCUGGCUGGAAGCGGCUGGUGCUGUUGAUAUCCAGCAAGAUAUCCAGACGAUCGAGGUCGGGGCUGAGGCCAAGGAUCGAGCUCAAGGGGAGAAAGCGAUUGCAGUGUUACUUCAUCUCUUAGAUGGAAUGAAGAUAAUGCUGAGUGGUAGGUCGAGCCAUGUCCAUUCAAGAACCCGAGUUAACAUCUCCCAAAGACAAACCAGGCCAACCAACCAGGGCGCAAUUUGA